AUGCCGUGGUCCCCCAGCAGCCGGAACACGAGUGAAAGGGAAGGAACGGAUUUGCUCUCGAAGCCUUGUGAGACUCAAGGAAGUCGAGGGAAAAAGGCACAAGUGACUCAAUCCUGUCCCAAGAUCUCCCACACAACUCCUCCCAACCACUCCCGAGACACUUCCUUCCAAUACCAUCAAUAUUCAGCUGGUUUUCUGUCCCCCUAUCCCCUGCUCAAGAUACAUCCAUUGCAUUUCAGCACAUUAAAGCCCCUUCUCAUCCUCCCCAAAGUCCUACCCUCUACCCCCUAUUCCGACAACCCAUCUCAAGCAUAUACGUCGCGACUUUAG